AAAAAAAAAACAGAUUGCUUUGCCCUGGGAAAUAGUAACCCUGACGCAUACACCUGCUUGCAGGAGAUAGAGGAUGUGAUGGAGCUGCUUGAAGAAGAUCUCACAUGCCCAAUUUGUUGCAGUCUGUUUGAUGAUCCUCGAGUUUUGCCUUGCUCGCACAACUUUUGCAAAAAAUGCUUAGAAGGGAUCUUAGAGGGGAAUGUGAGAAAUUCAUUGUGGAGAUUAUCUCCAUUCAAGUGCCCCACAUGCCGUAAGGAAACUUCAGCUACUGGAGUCAAUAGCCUGCAGGUUAAUUACUCCCUGAAGGGUAUUGUGGAAAAGUAUAACAAGAUCAAGAUCUCUCCCAAAAUGCCAGUGUGCAAAGGACACUUGGGGCAGCCUCUCAACAUUUUCUGCCUGACUGAUAUGCAGCUGAUUUGUGGGAUCUGUGCUACUCGUGGUGACCACACCAAGCAUGUGUUCUGUUCUAUUGAAGAUGCCUAUGCUCAGGAAAGGGAUGCCUUUGAGUCGCUCUUCCAGAGCUUUGAGACCUGGCGUCGGGGAGAUGCUCUUUCUCGCUUGGAUACCUUGGAAAGUAGCAAAAGGAAAUCUCUACAGUUACUGACUAAAGACUCAGAUAAAGCGAAAGAGUUUUUUGAGAAGUUACAACACACAUUAGAUCAAAAGAAGAAUGAAAUCCUGUCUGACUUUGAGACCAUGAAACUUGCAGUUAUGCAAGCCUAUGACCCAGAGAUCAACAAACUCAACAACAUUUUGCAGGAACAACGAAUGGCCUUUAACAUUGCUGAGGCUUUCAAAGACGUGUCAGAACCCAUCGUAUUUCUGCAACAGAUGCAGGAGUUCAGGGAGAAAAUAAAAGUAAUCAAGGAAACUCCUUUACCUCCCUCUAAUUUGCCUACAAGCCCUUUAAUGAAGAACUUUGAUACCAGUCAGUGGGAAGACAUAAAACUAGUAGAUAUGGAUAAACUUUCUUUGCCUCAAGACACUGGCACUUUCAUUAGCAAGAUUCCCUGGAGCUUUUAUCAGUUAUUUGUGGUAGUUGUUCUGCUUGGCCUUCUCAUUUUCUUCGGUCCUACCAUAUUCCUAGAAUGGUCUUUAUUUGAUGAAUUUGCAACUUGGCAAGACCAUCUUUCAGACUUCAGUUCCUAUCUGACUAAAUCAGCUGAUUUUGUAGAACUGUCAGUUUUUUACUGGGAACAGGUGACAGAUUGGUUUUUCAUUUUCAGUGAAAGAUUCAAGAAUUUUACUUUGGUGGUGCUGAACAAUGUGGCAGAAUUUGUGUGCAAAUAUAAACUAUUAUAAAAUCUGUUUCAAGUA